AUGACUACCGUUGGAUCACUGUCAAGAGAUCUUGCCCCUGGCAAUGAAGUGUCGGGCAAAUCUUCCAUCAACUUGCCUCCCUCACCAACCAACUCUGUUCCAUAUAUCAUCGCCACAUCUGCUGAUGAUGACAAGGCCAAAAAACCAGUGGUUGCCCCAAUUAAUGGUGGAAGUCCCAUGAGAUACCUACAGCAAUGUUCUAACAAACUGGAUAUGGAACCUAAUCCGUUUGAGCAGAGCUUUGCCACAGGUUCACAAAAAGGAGGAUCAUCCAAUGCAAUAGUGACAUCAACAGCAGCUACUACAAGCACAACUACAUCUACAACAGCGAAUGGGAGCUCGGAACCAAAUGCUGAAACACCAAAGCCUGUACUUCCACCCAUCGAGGCAAUGUCCGGACGAUUGGCACCGGGAACAGAUCAAUUUGGGUGGGAUGCACAGUCCCUAAGGAUGGGACCUCUCUCUCCAUCCAUGUUGGAAGGUCCUCAGAACCCGAUUGUGUUUGAUGAAAAGACCACACAAAAUCCGUUGCCACUGGGGUCGUUUCCCCCACCGUCAUCCUCCAUCUCUAACAUUUUCACCUCAGGUGCACCUCUUGCUGACAAUGGACUACCAUUUGUUGGUGCCCCUGGACCUUUACCUGUGCCUGCAGUGGCUCUCCAUACUUCAGAGCCAUAUUCUUCUUCAACCUAUAACCCAUCACACUCUCUGACAUCACACCAGCAACAAUCUUCACAACACCAAGGAGGAGGAGGACCAGGGUCGCGGCCGUCUCAGAACUAUAGUAAUCAGAAUAACCAUGCACCGUCCAUGAAUGAUAGUUAUAAUAUGUCAUCACAAGGGCCUCAACAUGUGGAUAAUAUGAACGGUUAUGGAAAUCUGCAUCUUUUAAGUCAAGCUCAAGCGACUCAUAGGGAGAUGUGGGUCAAGAGGGAAGGUUCGGAUGCAAAUGGAAAUGGUCCAAGUGGUCAACAGAAUUUGCAUCAACAGCAUCAUUCGCAUGGUCCACCACCACCUCCGCCACACAUAAGCUCUCAGUCUCGUGUCAAUGCACAUCCAACAAGUGGUCCUGCCCAGAGUGGUCAGAGCCUCCCGGGUAUGCCAGGCAUGGUCGCAGCUCCUCAACUUCCCAAAAAUGGAGUGGAACCAGCGUUCGUUCGUGGCGUGCGACGAAGCCGUAUGACAUCAGAGGAUAAUAGUGAUGAUUCUGAGCAAUCUAAAUCUGGCUAUGGUGGUGAAGGAGCAACAAACAAUAGCAAUAAUGAUAAUAAUAAUAGUAACACUAAUGGCAGUGCCAAGAAGAAGCAGAACACUGGAACUGGCGAUGAUAAAAUGGAUGAGGAGGAGAAGCGAAAGAACUUUUUAGAGCGUAAUCGUCAAGCUGCGCUCAAAUGCCGACAGCGUAAGAAACAGUGGUUGGCGAACUUGCAACAAAAAGUGGAGUACUUGACAACAGACAAUGAACAUCUUCAGAGCCAAACAGCGGCACUUCGUGAUGAAAUUAUUCAUCUCAAGGCGCUGUUACUGGCACACAAGGACUGUCCUAUCGCACAAGCCAAUGGGGUGUUUGCAGACACAAUCAGUAUGGUAAACCAUGCUGGAAUGAUGGGACAUGAUCGUUCUGGUUACCCAAUGCCACCGCAGCAUGGCCGAGCAGGACCACCAGGACCACCGAGAAGCUCAUUACCACCACCGCCACUGCACCAUCAAGGUCACAUGCCUGGUGGAGGAGGACCCAGGAUGGGCCACCCACCAGUGUCUUCCUCAAAUGGACCUCCUCCUGGACCUAGCAGGCCCAUGUCUAUGAUGCAGGACAUCACCCCCAGUGCCUCACCGAGUCAAGGCCAAGUCAAUGUGCGGUAUUAG